AUGGCGUCCCACAGCGCAGACCUGGCCCUAGCCCCCAGCAGCCUCCAAGGCCUCGGGGGCCAGGGCAGCCCCACCGCCGCAGGUGGGGUGACACCGCGGUGCCGUCCCGCGGCGACAGGACGGGAGGGCGAGCGGGUGACGGAGACGGGGUUGUACUCUCAUGAGGGUCCCCGUCACCUCCCUCACCCACCGGGCACGGUGAGGGGGCAGGAGGGUGCAAGGAGUGCAGCGGGACUGACUUCAUGGGGAGUGCAGAGGUUCAGCGAGGAGUGUGCAAGGAGUGUGCGAGGAGAGCGCAGCGCACUGGGGAGGAGGAUGCAGGAAAAUGCGAGGGGAGUGCGAAGAGGGUGCAAAGAAGCGGCGAGGAGGGGGCGAGAGGACCAGGACGGCGGGUCUCGGUGGGGCCGGCGUCGGGACGGGGAUCCCGGCUGCCCCCGCCCGGGCAGGAGGCACCUGGCGCCCGGAGCAGCCGCUCGCCGCUCCCUGCCCGGGUCACCCUCGGUGCCUUCCCGGCCCGGGCAGGGUGUCCCCUCCGUGCGGCUGCGGGGUGCCGGGAGCUCUGCAGCUCCACCGCCGCUCGCCGGGGCACAGACGGGAGGGGAGCGCCCCGGACGGACCCCGGAGCCCCGGGUUGCUGCCCCCCGAACUGUGGGACCGGGAGAAAAACCGCUGAAGCCUUUUCCGAGUGAGCGCUGUGCAGAGAUGCCAGAAGGGCAUCUCCGGGUGAGAUACAAGGCCUGCGUGGCCGCGGAGCCGCGCUGCCGCCAGCAGCUGCGCCACCUGCAGGACAGCGCCGGGAUCGCCGCGCGGCUGCCGCCCCGCCUGGAGGGGCGCUGGGUCUCCACUGGGUGCGAGGUACGGCCGGGACCCGAGUUCCUGACCCGAUCCUACCUCUUCUACACCAACCGGCUCUUCAAGGCUCUCCAGUUCUACUACUGGGACCCGUCCUGCCGUGACCCCUCCUACUCGCUGGUCAUCAAGGGCAAGCUCCGGCUGCGCCAGGCCUCCUGGAUCACCCGCGGGGCCACCGAGGCCGACUACCACCUGCACAAAGUGGGCAUCGUGUUCCACAGCCAGAAGGCCAUGCGGGAAGUGGCCUCCUGGAUCAACCAGACCUCUGGCGAGGGCUGCGGAGGAUUCCUGCCCCCGGGGCGCUCCUGGGCGCCCGGAGCCCUGUACGAGGUGCUGAGCGCCAGGACAGAGCGCGACUGCACCGCGGCGCUGGGCUUCGCCAUGCACGAGCUGAGCCUGGUGCGGGUGGAGAGGCACUUCCAGCCCCUGCUGCAGCCGCAGCAGAGCGGGAGCAGGCUGGUGGAGGAGCUGUACCUGGGGGACAUCCACACGGACUGGGGGGAGAGGCUGCACUACCGCCCCACCGGCUACCAGCGCCCCAUGCAGAGCGCCCUGCACCACGUGCACCCUUGCCCGGCGUGUGGGAUUAUCUCCAGGGCCGAUGAGCAUCACCCCCCGAUCCUGCCCGCCAGAGCCGCGCUGCCGAUGCAGCUCAGCGGCAGCUGGGUCAGCACCCACUGCGAGGUCCGCCCGGCCGUGCUCUUCCUCACCCGGUACUUCACAUUCCACGGCGACAACCACACCUGGCAAGGGCAUUACUAUCACUACUCCGACCCGCUCUGCCGGCAGCCCACGUUCACCAUCUACGCCUCCGGGCACUACACUCAGGGCAUCCCCUCCUCCAAGGUGCGGGGCGGCACCGAGCUGGCGUUUAAAGUCACCCAGGCUCGGGUGACGCCGAUGGACCAGGUGACCGUGGUGAUGCUCAACUCCUCGGAACCGGGAAGCUGCGGGCUGGCGGGCUCCUGGAGAGCCGGGGUGGAGCAGGAUAUAACUCCCACGAACGGAUGCUUGGCUUUGGGCAUCAAGCUGCCCCACACCGAGUACGAACUGUUCAAAACGGAGCAGGACACGCAGGAGCGCAGCCUCCUCUACAUCGGGGAGCGCCCCACGGACGGCUCCAGCCCCGACAGCCCCGACAAGCGACCCACGUCCUACCAGGCCCCUCUGGUCCAGUGUGCUGCAGCCUCAGAGGAAUUCUCCAACUACAUUAGUCUGAAAUACGUGGGAAGAAAGGAUGCUAAUGGGAUUGAAGCACUAAAACCUUUGCCUGUGGCCUUUUUAUUGUUUAUAGCACUUCUGUUUUUAAGAUGGGACUAG